AACCGACCGACUCUGGCUAAUUUGAGCACUGGGAUCAGAGGGUCACGCGGAUCACGCCAGGCGUUUGAAUCCGAGUACUGAGACACCGACACAGAGAGAGAGACAUUCUUCUUGCAUUUCCAAGGUUCUCUGAGCACCAUUUGAGCAGAUAUCGAAGAUGAAUCAACACUUGGCUCGAUCGUUGAUCCGACGUUUACUCCAUGGACAGUACCAGAACUCUGCACGUUACAUUGUUUCUUCUUAUGCUAUCAGGAGGUAUCCUGUAACCCUAACAGCUACUUCUUCUUCUUCUUCUUCUCCGGGUUAUUUCUUCCCUGCUAUCUCGCAUUUGGGACGUCAUUUGAGUUCUGCAACUUCGUCGGCGGCGGAUAUCGUGGCGGAUGGGCAGAAGGAACGGAAGGAGAAUUCUGUUACAGAUGGCGCCGAACGGCAGAGUGGAGAACCAAAGGGUAAGAAUAAUGUGAUCUCGACCUAUUGGGGUAUAUCGCGACCAGACAUCACGAGGGAGGACGGGACUGCUUGGCCAUGGAACUGUUUCAUGCCAUGGGAGACCUACAAAGCUGACUUGUCAAUUGAUCUGAAAAAGCACCAUGUACCUAGAACAUUUUUGGACAAGGUUGCAUUUAGGACAGUGAAGCUUCUUCGGAUACCUACUGAUGUUUUCUUUCAGAGAAGGUAUGGAUGUCGCGCAAUGAUGCUGGAGACAGUUGCAGCUGUUCCCGGUAUGGUGGGAGGGAUGCUGUUGCACCUUAGGUCUCUGCGUAAGUUCCAGCAGACUGGUGGUUGGGUCAAGGCCCUACUAGAAGAGGCUGAGAAUGAAAGGAUGCACUUGAUGACUAUGGUGGAGCUUGUGAAGCCUGCAUGGUACGAGAGGCUACUGGUUCUUGUUGUUCAAGGAGGGUUCUUCAACAUCUUCUUUGUUCUCUAUAUUCUUUCUCCGAAGUUGGCUCAUCGAAUUGUUGGAUAUCUGGAGGAGGAAGCAAUACAUUCAUAUACAGAGUACCUGAAGGAUAUAGAGAGUGGUGCCAUCGAAAAUGUUCCAGCUCCUGCUAUUGCUAUUGACUAUUGGAGGCUGCCCAAGGAUGCCACUCUUAAGGAUGUUGUGACUGUGAUCCGAGCAGAUGAAGCGCACCAUCGAGAUGUCAACCAUUUUGCUUCUGACAUCCAUUUCCAGGGAAAAGAAUUGAGGGAGGCUCCAGCUCCACUUGGAUACCAUUAAAAAUGUUUUUUCCUUUUUUUUGUCCGUGUGCAAAUUGAUGUCUGCAUGGCAAUGAGAAGACCUUAUAGUAGUUAUCAUGCGUUACCAGAGUGAGUUCGAUUAACGAACUGAAUCUCAUAUAUAUAACUGAAAUAAUUUGCAUAUAUAUUCGUAGUUUGAACAUCAUGUACACAGAAAUCUCUGAGGAUGGUGGUUGAAGCUAGAACAGGAAAGCAGAAGCUACCUUUGCCAGUAUACCAUUUAUGCUCCGUCACUUUUUUGUUUCGUUUUAGGCUCUGUUUCAUUUGCAUAUAAUGCUGGAAACUUUAAUAUUAUUUUAUAAUACGAAGAUUACAAUCAUAUUUUUAUAUAAA